AAGUAGUAUUUUUGAAAUUUUUCUCGAAAACGGGAAGGUGGAGGGCAGUCGAUGGUGUAUCGACUUCAUAAGCUUUCAUAUUAAAAUAAAAUUCAACUUUAUCCAACGAUGAUUGGAGCUGGAAAAUGGUUCUUUGGUUUUUCUAAUUAUUUUUAAUAAGUGAAAAUAUUGUUUACACUGUUACUAGUUUGAAAAAGAAGUUUAUUUUAAAUUUUAUCGUGAAUUGGACAUAAUUUACUGAAUAUUAUAGUAAUAUUUGUAUUUUUUCAGCUAAAACAAAGCCUGUACAUGAAAUUAGACACUACUUUUCUCCUAAAGACCCUUUUGAACUGUUCACUAAAUGGUAUAACGAGGCUGAAAAGACGGAAGUGAUACUUAAUGCGGAAACUAUGGUUCUUGCAACUGCGACUAAAGAUGGGAAACCCUCUGUUCGAUAUAUGCUGAUGAAAUCAUACAAUAAAGAAGGCUUCACUUUUUACACUAACUAUAACAGUCGAAAAGGGCAGGAAAUCGCUGAAAAUCCUCAUGUGGCAAUGGCAUUUUACUGGGAACCUUUGUUUCGUCAGAUUGUAAUAGAAGGACAGAUUGUCAAAAACGAUGCAAAGGUAUCUGAAGAUUAUUUCCAUUCAAGACCAAAAUCUAAUCAGUUGACUGCUUUAAUUAGCAACCAGGGUGAAGUUAUUGAAGAUAUUGAGGAUUUAGUAAAGAAAAAAGAUGAUCUAAGGCAAGAAUAUUUAGAUGAACACGCUGUUAUUCCUAAACCUGAUCACUGGGGUGGAUAUGUGGUUAAACCUGACAGCUAUGAGUUUUUUUGUGGCCACCAAGACAGACUUAACGAACGCAUAAAAUUUAGACGUCCCUUUGCUGACGAAAUUCCUGAUGAAAAAUUAGUCCAUACUGGUGAAGAUGGGUGGAUCUAUCAAUAUUUAUCACCAUGA